AUGCCUGUUCAAACAAUAUCAAAGACACCAGAAGAUACAUUUCAUUCUUUUCCUUAUUUAACAGAUGAUUCUCCUUUAGUGCCCAGUGGUUUAAUCGUAUCUGGUUAUGAUUUUAAGAUUAAAGAACCGCCAACAGAUAGACCUGUACGCAUAUAUUGUGAUGGUAUUUAUGAUCUAUUUCAUUUUGGACAUGCAAAGGCAUUAGAACAAGCCAAGAAGGCAUUCCCUGAUGUGUAUCUUAUGGUGGGCGUAUGUAAUGAUGCCGAAACACAUAAACGUAAAGGUAAAACAGUAAUGAAUGAAAAAGAAAGAUAUGAAUCAGUCGCACAUUGCAAAUGGGUUGACCAGGUCAUCCCUGAUGCACCAUGGAUAGUCACCCAAGAGUUCCUCGACAAAUACCAGAUAGAUUAUGUAGCACAUGAUGCAGAACCCUAUCAAUCUACAGAAUCCGAUGAUGUGUAUGCAUUUGUAAAGGCGCAAGGCAGAUUUUUACCAACACAGCGUACAGGUGGUAUCUCUACCUCAGAUCUCAUCACUCGCAUCGUACGUGAUUAUGAUGCUUAUCUUCGUAGAAACCUUGAAAGAGGUGUCAGUGCAAAAGAAUUGAAUAUUUCCUUUCUAAAAGAAAAGGAAAUAAAGACAAAAAAGCACCUAGAUGAUCUUAAAAGACAGUUCAAAACUGCUGUCUUGGAACAAUUGGGCACUUGGGAAGAUCAGAGUCAUGAACUCAUCCGUACCUUUGCUGGCAAAUUUGGUGCAAAAGAUGUCGUCGAAAAAUUCUUAAAUAAGCGUCGUCUACUACCAAGUAGAAAGAGACCAAGAAGUGAUUCAGACUCUUCUUAA